CAAACUUGGUGGUGGGUACCAAGAAAACAUCAAGAAAAAUGAACAGCUUCAGCAGCGACGAGUUCAGUUUUACUUUCCUUGAUGAAGGCUUUGCUGCGAAAGAUAUCGUAGACCAAAAAAUAAAUGAAGUUUCUUCCUCUGAUGAUAAAGAUGCAUUCUAUGUUGCUGAUCUGGGGGAUAUUCUGAAAAAGCACUUGCGGUGGUACAAAGCCCUUCCCAGAGUGUCCCCCUUCUAUGCUGUCAAAUGUAACGACAGCAUAGCUGUAGUGAAGACUCUUGCAGCUCUCGGUGCUGGAUUUGACUGUGCUAGUAAAACUGAAAUACAGCUGGUCCAGAGCGUUGGUGUGCCUCCUGAACGUAUAAUAUAUGCAAAUCCAUGCAAGCAAGUCUCUCAGAUUAAGCAUGCGGCGAAUAAUGGCGUGCAGAUGAUGACUUUUGAUAGCGAAGUUGAGCUAAUGAAAGUUGCAAGAGCCCAUCCAAAAGCAAAGCUGGUCCUGCGCAUUGCAACGGAUGAUUCAAAAGCAGUUUGUCGUCUGAGUGUUAAAUUUGGAGCUACACUCAAAACCAGCAGGCUGCUGCUUGAGCGCGCAAAGGAACUGGAUAUUGACGUGAUUGGUGUCAGCUUCCACGUUGGAAGUGGCUGCACAGAUCCUGAGACUUUUGUGCAGGCUAUUUCUGAUGCCCGCUGUGUCUUCGAUAUGGGAGCGGAGCUUGGUUUCUGUAUGUACCUUCUUGAUAUUGGCGGUGGCUUUCCUGGAUCUGAAGAUGUGAAACUUAAGUUUGAAGAGAUAACAAAUGUAAUCAACCCUGCACUGGACAAAUAUUUUCCUUCUGAUUCUGGAGUGAGAAUUAUUGCAGAGCCUGGCAGAUACUAUGUUGCAUCAGCUUUCACAUUGGCUGUUAACAUAAUUGCAAAGAAAGUUGUAAUAAAGGAGCAGAGUGGGUCUGAUGAUGAAGAAGAGCCUAAUGACAAAACUCUUAUGUAUUACGUAAACGAUGGCGUGUAUGGAUCUUUUAACUGCAUUCUUUAUGAUCAUGCGCUAGUUAAGCCGGUUUUGCAAAAGAGACCCAAGCCAGAUGAGAGAUACUAUUCCUGCAGCAUAUGGGGACCAACUUGUGAUGGUUUAGAUCGCAUAGUUGAACGCUACGGCAUGCCGGAAUUGCACGUCGGGGACUGGAUGCUGUUUGAAAACAUGGGGGCUUACACCGUGGCAGCUGCUUCUACUUUCAAUGGAUUCCAGAGGCCAACAAUACAUUAUGUAAUGUCAAGGCCAGCUUGGCAACUGAUGGAGCAGAUAAAGGAGCAAGGCUUUCGAGCAGAAGUGGAAGAGCAGGAUGUCACUUUGCCGCUGUCCUGUGCCUGGGAAAGUGGAAUUGAGCACCAUCCAGCAAGUUGUGCUUCAGCUAGCAUUAAUGUAUAGAUAAGGUUUAGCUAACUUGCAAGUUUCAGGAAACAGUUUUUUUUUUAGGGCUUUUGGGACCAUUAACUUAAUUUUUGCUAGAAUUUUUAAAUGUGUUGAUUAGAGUCUGCGUGAAUGUCAGAGUAGACAGCUAGGAGAGGGGAAGGGUCACAUUUAUCUGUGUUCCUAUGGAAACUGAAUAUUGUUUUAUAUGGAUUUUUAUUCACUUCUCAAAUAUGCUACUAAAAACUGAUCAAGCAAGCAAGCAUUUGUAGCUUGUGCGUUUGGCAGAACGGUCUGAAUGUAGUAUUGUGGCCAGACUAUUUUACAAUAAAGUCUAUUGAAAUAA